GUGACUCGUGAGUCGUGACAUUGAAUCUGAAAAUUACAAAACGAUAGAAGUGGAUGUGUGAGAGGUAUUUAAUUCGUAUUCCUGAAAGCUAUUGAAUGAGGGGUUGUUCAUAAGUUGUUCCUACCUUGCGCUUCUCUUGUAGAAGAUGGAUAGAUAUGGGCUUAAUUUCAGCACAUUAAUAUUUUAUCAUUCUCUAGCACAUUUACAUGUUAUUUUAAAUCGUAACAGUUGCCUUUAAAGGCUGAUAAAUAUUCGAGAAAUCCAAGAAAACCAAAGAUAUGAAUCCCGCGUCCCAAGAAGUGUUCUGAUCUCGGAGAAUUUUGCGUAGAGAUGCUUAAUGUAGAUGCUGUCCAAAAGUCCUAUGGUGAGUAAAAAUUUAUCCAAGGUCGGAGCGACAAUUCGAGGAAAUCCGUUACAAAUAAGCGAAAGCCUUGCAGUACUUAAAUUUUUGCUGAGGAUCUCACAAUGCUGGUUCGAGUAUCCGCAGUUUAUAUGCUCAAAGAACUGUAUUCAAAUGCGCCCCUAUACCAGAACUCUUGAAUCAGCCCUCGUUUCUUAAUUUCCUGUGAAGUGUUUCUCGUAUUGAGAGGAACAAUUAUUUUAAAACAUAAAUACUGUAGGUAAUAUGUACUUGAAAUCUCGCACGCAACGUUUUAAUCAUCGCUCACCUUUAUUGAAAUCCGUCUUCAAAUUCUUGCGCGAGUUCACCUCAUCCUCGAUUCAUCAAAUACAAUAUUAUCGAUUUCGAAAUACCGAAUCCAGUAAUUCUUUAAUCUUGCGUGCUGCUUAUGUUACGCAAUCAUCAAUAAUUAAAAUUUUGAACCUUAUAUUUUAAUGAGUGCGUUAUUGCUAGCUAACAUGAGAUAUUUCGCCGUCAGAAAAUAAUGAAGGUUCAAUGGAAGCGAAGGUACGAAUUUCAUAGGAACUGAAUCGCAAAUCCAGUCACCUGAGAACACCCACGUAUGGCGUGUUGGUAUAUUUUGUCGGCCGGAGGUUAAUUAUUUUAUGUUCGAGAAUGCAGUGCUCAUCCGGUGUUAUUGUGAUCUGCAGCCAUGGUAAAUGAUGAAAUAACUGCUCUUUUAACGAUGGAUACUCGCGAUAAACAUACGAAUUGAAAGAGGACUCCGUGGCUGAAUCGGCGAAUUUCGAGUAAGACAUGACCUAUUGAGGACAAUGAAAGGAGUGAAGCGAAAAUUCAACCGCGGUGGACGCAGGCCGUCUGUCGUUUUGCAGAGCGUGAAUUCUUUGGACGAGAAUGCUCUAGAUCCCGAACCCCUGAAUUGCAUAGAAGAGCUGGAUGAACAAAUGGAGGUCCAGGUGCAUGGUCGACAUUCUCUGUCGGUCGGAAAACUGCUGGUCACCGUGGUGGACUCAGUGUCCACUCGUCGGUUCUCUUCCGUGGACUGCGGACGAGACCCGAGGGCCGAGGCCCUCAUGUGGCAGAAUUCCCACCCCUGGGAAUAUUCUCCCGCCCGCGUCCCGGAGCUUGCUGUUCGUUUGCAGGCAUUGUUAUCGGAAGCUUUCUCCGGAGACGAGUGUUUCAUGCAUCCCGAAGAGGCCAUUCAUCCUCAGUUUUGCUCGCCUCGUUUGCAUCCUUUUUCAGCUCUUCGGGAAACGCGAGCAGCAAGAAUCGAGCGUGUCAAGGCGUUUGAGAGGCAGGACUCAUCACAAAAGACAUCCGAAAUCAAACAGUCUUUUGAAUUCUUGCUUGCUACUUCGCCGCACGUUUUAGACGCAAUUAAGCAGAAGCUCCUCGUCACCACAUGUCCUUGUAAAGAGCAAAUGGAAAAGCGGUUGCGAGACAUGGAAGAAGAACCGACGGACUUGUAUCCUAUGAACAUUCCGGAGACUAUGGACCCGGUUUUUCUAUGUGCCCUGACGAAUAUGGAGGAGGUCCCUCAUAACCUUUCACAAACAACAACGGACCGCACCAAGCCACCGGAUUUGCUGCAAAUGAUUCGGAAUGGAAGCCUUCUGCUUUCAGACAAUGCCCAGCCCGUAAGCAGUAAAGGAUUCUUUAAAAAGAACUUCAUCUUAAAAGCAUGGAAACCGAAGUACAAAUCUGGAGUUCCUGAAAAAAACUGGGAUGAUGAUAGUGUUGACCUCCGGCUGGAGACUCCUUCACCGUCGAUUCGCAUUCGUGCGAAAAGCGUGCCAAAUAUCCUGAGCCAAUCAGACUCUUCCGAAAUCGCGACGCGUCUUUAGCGUACCUCGAGUGUAAGUUCAAGACUUGGAGCUCGUGCUUUUAUAAUCGAACUCUCAAUCAAAAGAUUCCAAAAGUCAGGUAUAUCGAAGAUGUUGUCAGAGUGGAAAAGUCUAAAAAGGUGUGGUCUAAUCGAAUACAAGUGUCAACUGAGUCUCUUACUCUCUAUACUAAAUUAUUCUCUUAUUAUUCUUACGCACUCCUUGUACGAGCAAGUAGCAGCAUUUUUUUUUUCAAGAGGGGCAUUAUGCUCAAGGUUUGUUUUUGGAUGUUUUUCGAAUCGCGUGCCACACAUUUUUGUAUAAAGUAAAUGAAACUUCGAUUAUUCAAGCUUUCGAUUAAGUCUGCACUCAAUAAACCGUGUCCGAUUUGUCAAAGUACCGUAUUUUGAGAGAAAGCUGUGCAAUUUUGAUGUAGGUCAUAAAUUUAUGUCUGAUUCGAUCCAUUAUCGAGGCCAGCACACCAAGAUUACGGAAAGUGCCAGUACAGUAAUAUUAUUUUGACUAUUUUUUCAUUAAUGAGGGGUUAUUGGUUCACCGGGAAAUUUGAUUAUCUGAUGAAAGGUCUUUAGAUGAGAUAAACGAAAUUAUAACAUUUAUUUGUCUCAUAUUCAAUCAACUUCCAGUACUCGGUAAAAAAAAAAACUUUAAUCGAUCCAUCUGCUUCUUAAAUAUUACACGAAACUUGAAUUGGACAAAUAAUUCAGGGAAAUUCGAAAAAUGCCCCAAAACAAAGAAGAAAAUCGUGAGGGGUAUAAAAGGAGAUAAAUAAA